CUCUCUCUCUCUUCUGAGCGUUUCAUUUUCGCGAUCGUGAGCACAUUCUGAUGGCGCCGGAACUGGUCCACGCAGCGCCGAGGGCCGCCGGAGCUCCGGUGAAGCCGGGCGGCGGGGUGCCCCGGCGGGCGUACGUGACGUUCUUGGCCGGCGACGGGGACUACGUGAAGGGCGUCGCCGGACUGGCGAAGGGGCUAAGGAAGGUGAAGUCGGCGUACCCGCUGGUGGUGGCGGUGCUGCCGGACGUUCCGGAGGACCACCGCCGGAUCUUGGCGGCUCAGGGCUGCGUCGUUAAGGAGAUUGAACCGGUUUAUCCGCCCGAGAACCAGACCCGGUUCGCCAUGGCCUAUUACGUCAUCAAUUAUUCUAAACUCCGUAUCUGGGAGUUCGUGGAGUACAGCAAAAUGGUGUACUUGGACGGAGACAUCCAAGUUUACGACAACAUCGACGAGCUGUUCGAUUUGUCGGACGGGCAUUUCUACGCCGUCAUGGACUGCUUCUGUGAAAAGACAUGGAGCCACACUCCACAGUAUCAGAUUGGCUACUGCCAGCAGUGCCCCGGAAAGGUCCGGUGGCCGGUCACCAUGGGCCAUCCGCCACCGCUCUACUUCAACGCAGGCAUGUUCGUGUUCGAGCCGAGUAUUUCCACUUAUCACGAUCUACUGAACACCCUCAAAAUUACCCCUCCCACCCCUUUCGCCGAACAAGAUUUUUUGAAUAUGUACUUUGAAGAUAUUUAUAAGCCCAUUCCUUUGGAUUUCAAUCUGGUUUUGGCUAUGCUUUGGCGUCAUCCUGAGAACGUCCAACUCGAUCGUGUCAGAGUUGUUCACUACUGUGCUGCGGGAUCGAAGCCAUGGAGGUACACAGGGAAGGAGGAGAACAUGCAAAGAGAAGAUAUAAAAAUGCUGGUCAACAAGUGGUGGGACAUCUACAAUGACGAUUCACUGGACUACAACCCUCCGCCGGAUGGAGACGCCGUCGUCGUGCAGCCCUUCAUCGCGGCUCUCUCCGAAGCCGGAGCCGUUCGGUUCAUUACGGCGCCCUCCGCCGCAUGACGCCGUCGACCGGUUGAAGACACACCAACUCUAUUUUGAUAAAACAUAAACUACGAAAGUAUAUAAUAUAAUUAUAUCAUAAUAUCAUAAAAAAAAAGUAAUUAGUAUUUUUUUAAAUUAUUGGCUUUGGUUUUCUUUGGGGCCAGAUUUUAUGUCUUCUAUGAAGAAAAACUGUUUGCAUGUAUCGUAUGGUUCUUCCUGGAAUUUGAAAAUUCGGGGAGUGGAAAAAUUUUAUGAUGUUUUUAAUAUAUAUUUACUAAUAUGUGCGUGAGGUGAUUCGUGUUGAUGUAAGAGCUUUG